AGUUCCCCUCUCUCUCUCUCUGGCUCUCAAUUCGUAAAAUUGGAGGGAAAGGGUUUAGGGUUUAAAGAUGAAAGCUUUAGGGUCGACUGGUUGGAAAGGUCCCGUCAAGUUCAGGAUGCCAACUGCUGAAAACUUGGUACCUAUUCGUUUGGACAUUCAAUUUGAAGGUCAGCGAUACAAAGAUGCUUUCACUUGGAACCCUUCAGACCCGGAUAAUGAAGUCGUUGUCUUUGCCAAAAGAACUGUUAAAGACUUGAAACUUCCAGCUGCAUUUAUCACUCAGAUUGCCCAAUCUAUUCAGUCUCAGCUCACAGACUUUCGGUCAUAUGAAGGACAAGACAUGUACACUGGUGAAAAGAUCAUACCAAUCAAGCUUGAUCUCCGAGUUAAUCAUACCCUCAUCAAGGAUCAGUUCUUAUGGGACCUAAACAAUUUUGAGAGUGAUCCUGAGGAAUUUGCAAGAACCUUGUGCAAGGAUUUAGGUGUUGAAGAUCCUGAAGUUGGACCGGCUGUUGCCUUUGCAAUAAGGGAGCAACUUUACGAGAUUGCAAUUCAAAGUGUGGCUUCAGCUAGAGAGAGUAGAUUAAGUAAGAAAGGCCGCAGAGGAUCUGAUCAUGGUUCAGCAAGCAAGUCAAGUGGCUUGUCAAUGGACUUAGUGAAGUUAUUCAGCUUUAAGUCCAGUGUAGUUAGGAAAAGGAAAGACUUGGAUAUUUAUGAACCAAUGGUGGAUCUGCUAACAACCGAGGAAGUUGAUGCUCUUGAAGCCAGAGAAGAAAGACAUGCAAGGUAAAGAGUGUUUGUGGACAUGUAAAAAUAUUUCUUAGGCCAGGACUAAAAACAAAUGAAUGAUAGAACGAACUCAAAAUGUGUUGUAUUUUCCUUGAGUGGAGUUUAUGAUCUUGAUUGAAUUUCAAUGACUAGAAACUUUGGAUUUGCUAACAA